ACCAUUUUUGCAUUUUUCUCUUUUUAUCGCUUUUUUAUUUUUAAGAUUUUUAUGAGAAAAUAGUGUCGAACCGUUGAAGAUCUCUUGGCAGUUGGACCACAAAACACAAGGCUGGUCAAAGCACUACUAACCUUUCUCACAGAAGUUUCAAAUUGAAAAGUUGUGGCAACAAUGACGACUGAAGAGGACAAGUCAACAAGUUUUACAGAAAUUCAUUAAGAUCUAUUUUCUUGUGAUCCAAAGAUGUAAAUCUAAAACCCAAGAAAAACUUGUGUUUGUUCAUUCAUUCCUACGAUUUCGUCUCCAACAAAAUUAUGAGUCCGCCUCAUCAGCAUCACCCGUCGCCGCCGCCGACUCAUCAGCAUCAUCCACCGCCGUCGACUCAUCAGCAUCACCCGCCUCCUCCACCAACACAUCAGCAUCACCCGCAGCCUCCGAGACAUCAGCAUCACCCGCCUCCGCCGCCUCAUUACGGUACUUUCCCGGGCAUUGACAACCAUCCUCCUCCUCCUCCGGCGGUAGUCGUCGUCCAUCAGCAUGUUCCACCUCCCGGGGCAUCAGGUGGACCUUCGAUCAACCCUUAUAUCCAUGGCUACCAGGCUGUCCCAGGUUAUGCAGUUGCUCAAGGAAGACCAAUGGCCAUGAGAGGACCUCAGCUUUGCUGUCGUUUAUGCCUUUUUAUCAUUAUUGGUUUCCUCGUUGCUGCAUUCCUCUGGUUCUUCUUCUAUGCGCUAUUGAGAUGAUAAGCACGGGAAACUUGGAUAUGUCGGGUGCCUAUCUGCUGCUAUUUUUGGAACAAUUGAUGUGAUUUGUGGUGUUACAAGCAUUUGAGAUCAUUUGUAUAGAGCUACAAGGUGCUAAAAGGUUGACUAAUGCAUAUAUUAAAUGUAUCCAGUUGAGUCUCCCUUGUUUUUUCUAUUUAAAUGUUUGUAUUAUGCUGAUAAUUGCAUCUGCUUUGUAGUUACAUGACCCUUACAUACAAAAAAGUUUGUGUAGUAUUACUAGUUGUAACUUGUAGGUUUGUCAAGGAAACUCUUUUUAAAAAUAAUAAUGUUUGGGUGUGUGAUUAUGAUUUUAUCUAUUGUAGCUGGCUUUUCGCUAUAAAUAAACUGUUUUCCUUGUAACCCAGGAAAUCACAAGGGUUAAAAACAAUGUUUUGAAAAUUUUCUUUGUUC